UAUCUCGUCAAACAAACUUAUCAGAGAACAAAAGACGACAAAAUAAUAAUAAGAUGGUGGAGAUUCGAGGGAGAUUCAAGAGAAUUGAGUCGGCUUUCAACGUAGCGGCGGCGCGUGCUCGUCCGCCCUGUGAUAACAGCAGCGGGAGCGAUCACUCGCCGGAGGACACGGCUGAUCUUUCGGAUUUGGUCGCGUCUUUUAUUGAACAAGAGGGACAAAUAUUACCGGUGAAGAAUCCGGUGGAAGAAAUGGAUUCUUCGGACAGCGAGUAUGAGGAUGUGAAGAAGAGGUUACGGAAGCUUCUAGAUGGUUUAUCCGGCCGGGAAGAGCGGAUGAGGAUAGUGGCAGCGGCGGAGGAUGGUGGAAAGUUCGUCGGAGAUAUUAUUCAAGAUGGUUCUUCUCCUAAGCGCCAAUUGAUGGCUUUUCUACGUAACAAGGGUUUUGACGCAGGUCUUUGCAAGUCACGGUGGGAGAGAUUCAGCAAUAACACCGCCGGGAAAUACGAGUACGUGGACGUUCGAUGCGACGGUGGAGAUCAUGAUCGUUACAUCGUCGAGACAAAUCUCGCCGGAGAGUUUGAGAUAGCCCGACCAACAAAGAGGUACCUCUCAAUACUAAACCAAGUGCCUCGUCUCUUCGUGGGAACUCCCGAAGAGUUGAAACAGCUUGUGAGGAUCAUGUGCCACGCAAUGAGACGGUCGAUGAAGCACGUGGGGAUACACGUGCCACCUUGGAGGAGAAACGGUUACAUGCAAGCUAAGUGGUUCGGUUUCUAUAAACGAACUUCGACGACUAAUAACGAAAUAGUUAGUAAUAGUAAUAAUAGCGUUGAUACGGCGGCGUUUAAGGGUUGCAAGGAAGAGUUUUGGGAAGCAAAAGGUCUUCAGCUUACGGUUGGUCAGCUUACGGUUGCUUUCAGCGCUAGUGGGGUUGAAGUGUAAUAAUGGGAGAAGUGUGUAACUUUUUUUUGUUUUGAGCUAAUGUAAGCUAAUUUUGGGUUUUGUCUGUAAAUAAGUAGUGAUAGUUUUCGGAUGUAAGUUUUUUUUUUAGUUAAUCAAAGCAUAUUAUGUAUUAAUAUUGUUUUGUUUUACUGCCGAGUUAUUAUUAAUGCUCUGUACUUCUA